GCCUCCUGGAGAGCGGAGUAGCAGUUGUUGACUGUACGGGGGCCUGAAGUGAACUACGAGCUGCAGGUUUUUCCUUAAAAACAGAAAAUAAUUGACUGAUUUAUUCUUUUUUAAACGUCGGAGCAGAUCAGCAAACUCUGAGACAGUCUGGGUAAGAUUUAUCCGAACAGUUCAUCUGUUAUCAGCUCAGACGAAGUAGUUAAGUUCAGGUAUUAACUGUGCAGAUACGUUAGUUUGAGUUACACCUCUUUCUCUUCAAUAUUACAGAGAAAAUAUAACGAAUAUUAUUUUAAUUACACUGAUCUCUAACUAACGUUAAUACGGUUAGACCAGCCUGUAGAUACCAGCUCAUGGUGACUGCUGUAUCUAACAUGUUUGAUUCAAUCGUUAGCAUUCUUUGCUAACUACAAUCUCCUACAUUUUGGAUAAUAAGAUAAUCAGGUUUGUAUAGGGAGCGCGUUUUUAUGCAGAACAGAACCCUGACAGGGUGAGUUUGGACCCCUAAGACCGGCUUAGCUCACCAUUGUCCUGUACAUUACUGGACUAUAUGGACUGACCCUUUUUACUUUACUGUAGGUGAUUUUAUUGACUUUAAAUUAGAGUUUAUGUGAAUCUUGUGACUUAAAUCUUCAGUUUAAACAGAUGGAAGAAUGUCAGUGGUACCUGUAGUCUAAGUUUACUUUCAUGUCAUAUCAAACUGAACAUAAUAAUUGACAGUGACGUCCUAAAAUCCUCCAUUAAACUGAACUUUGAACAGAGCUGUGAGUGUGAAGAUUAUCCUGCUUCAGUUAUAAAUGAUAUCUGACUAAGAGUUAUCAUUUAUGACUGAGUUUCACAUCAUCAUUUGUGUGUGUUUUCUUCGGUUUGGUCGAUGUCUUUUUCAUUUAGCCUCUUGUUUCAGAGUAGUUUUCUUUCACUCUCCAUUAACUCUGAUAUCUGAGCUCCCCAAACAAACUCAGGGUAAUAUAUGUUCAAUAAAUCCACCUCACUGCUGAGUGUGGACACUGCGGGCUGUUCCUGUGAUCGUCAUUAAAGGGAUAUUCCAACGUAAAAUUAAUUUAGGGUCAAACACACCGUAACACUGAGUUAGACCCCCCCUCCAGAGAUGAAUGUUGCCGACCGCUUGCUUCUCUAGUUAUACCAACUUUAGUAACGACUGCAGGAUAGAAAUACACAGCAGUCUGAGGAGCCAUAAACAAACCUCAACCAAAACGCCACUCUAUAGCCACAAAUUUCUUUAUCAUUUCCUUGAAGUAAUAAUCAACAUAUUGGUCAUUUUACAGACGCAGUAGUUCUUCUUCCUUAACGUCUUGGUCUGAUUGUAUUUCCAUAAAGAAAUGAUCAUAAAUGUUCUUCCUUGAGCUGCGGCACCCCGCUGUAGUCUGUAAUGGACUGGCCUGAGGUCUUGCUAUAAACAAGCGGCUGCUGGAAGAGAGUAGGUGAGUUGUGUUUGGUGGCUAGUACUAUGAAGUUAGGUGCUGUUCUGAGCAUUAUUUGUGAUGUAGUAGCUUCAGUCCUACUACUGAACAAAGUGGUGACGAAGGUUAGCUCUGUCCUGGGCCGCUCUCUGGACCCUGUAGAAGUGGUGGGGGACAGGAGGAUGAUGGCCAAGCUAUCGUCAGUGUUUCCCAGCCCCUACAGAGUGCUGUUACAGCAGUUCACAGCUUCAGUGACAGGCUGCUUCGCCCACAGUGUGUGUGACAGAGAGAUACCGAGAGUCCUUCCUUCCUGCUGCAGUCAGACUGUUUAGUCGAGCCGCUCCCAGUCGUCCAGUCGUCCAGUUGUAGGAGCCAAAAUAUAUUUGUUGAAAGUUUUAUUUCUAAUAGGUACGUCACUUCCAGGGAUCAACACUGAGGGGUGUGGUUUUGGGAUGUUUGGCUGGUUAUUUAAAUCUCACCGGUGUAGUCAGACAUUGGUUUUUGUAAAGCUCUGAUAAUUUUCCGUUGACCGUUUUUCACCGUUUCUCUCAUCCUGUUUUAACCUCAUGUCAUUAUAUCACUAUUUCAUUUGACGGCAAAGGUUUUGAACCUGGAUCAGCGUGUUUUCUUUACUUUUUUGAACAUCAAAUUACUUUUUUAACACUCAAACUGGACUGAUAAUUGAACGUGUCACAGAUGCAAGCGAACCUAAACCCCAGUGGCCUUUUUGUUGAAGGAAAGCAGGUUUUAAAGCAACCAUCAGACAGUAAAGUCAACUUCACCUCUAACUUGCCAUAUUCAAUACUGAUAUAUUUAUUUAUAUACAUUUCAAAACUACGACUGAAGGGUCCAAAAGCAAAAAAGACCAUCAGAGACAUGACUGAAGAUUUUUACAACCUGAAAUCGGUGUGAGGGGGUAGAUGUCGGCCUCACAGUCAGAGACAAACGCCUGUUUUUAAAUUUGUACAUAAAUUAUUUUUAAUGGAUGAUGUGUUUGUUUGUCCAAGGCAGCAGGAUAAGAUGUUUUAUCAAAAAUUGUGAAACAAAACCAAAACAAUCAAAGACUAUUUUGUCCACAGGGGGGUGCCAAGAAUGAGAAAAACCAAAAGUUCCUGAUUGAACUUUUAAAAUAACCAUUUAAACUUUUGCACAAAUAAAAUGUAUUCUCUCCUCUCUGUUCGAGUCUUUAAAAUGGAGUCCAGACCCUGAUGUGUCUCCUGUUUUUUCAGAUCCAGAGGGGAGGACCUGGAUCUGGGUCUGUUAGCAGCAGGCUAACAUGCUGUGCUGGGGGAACGCUUCGUACGGUCAGCUGGGUCUGGGGGGGAUCGACGAGGAGAUCGUCGUCGAACCUCGGAGGUGUGAGUUCUUCGACGGGAAGUGUGUGCGUGACGUCGGCUGCGGUCACAGACACACGGCCUUCCUGCUGGAGGAUGGGACCGUUUACACCUGCGGCUGCAACGACCUGGGACAGCUGGGCCACGACAAGUCCAGGAAGAAACCAGGUGAGACGUCGAUGCAGUUUCUGAGUUAUCAGUGUCCGCUCUCAUCAUCAUCUUCAUCAUCUAAAGGUGUUUCUUCGUGUCCCUCAGAGCAGGUCGUGGCUCUGGAUGCUCAGAUCAUCAUGGCGUUGGCGUGCGGUCAGUCUCACACGCUCGCCGUGAACGAUAAAGGUCAGGUGUUCUCGUGGGGUUUGGGCUCAGACGGUCAGCUGGGCCUCAAUAACUUUGAUGAAUGUGUUCGUGUGCCUCGGUGAGUCCAGCCCCGCUCCUCUAACACUGAUAUACUUGAAGGUUCAAACGUCUGUUUCUGUGAACUCACCUGAACUUCCUGUCUCCCUGUGAAACUGCAGAAAUAUAAAGACUCUGUCGGACGUUCAGGUCGCUCAGGUAGCCUGCGGGUACUGGCACUCCCUGGCUCUCUCCAGAGGUGAUGAACACAUGAACACUCAUGCUCACAUUGGUGCAUUAUUUUGACGUCUCUGUAUGAAUCCAGUUUAUGACAUUCUCGUGUUUCUCGGUGCAGGAGGUCAGAUUUUCUCGUGGGGUCAGAAUCGAUACGGACAGCUCGGUUUGGGGAUAAACGGACAGAGUAUUUGUUCUCCUCAGAUCAUUCAGUCUCUACAGGGUGUUCCUUUUACUCAGAUAUCAGCAGGGGGCGCUCACAGCUUCGCCCUCACGCUGUCGGGGGCGGUGUUUGGAUGGGGACGGAAUAAGUUUGGACAGCUGGGACUCAAUGACCGAAACGGUGAGAGUUUAAACCGGAAACUGAGUCAAACUAAAAUAUCAAAAACCAGAGUCAGACUUCUGACACGAUCCACGUUAUUCAGGUUUUAGACACUAUUUCAGAUCACUAAGAGUGAGACCAAACCUCAAACAUUAUCUACAAUAGAGGAGGGCGCAAGGUCACAAAUCAUCACGUUUAUAACAUGUUAAUAACAUUAAAUAAAGUCAGGUUAUUUUUUCACAUAGAGAUACUGAGACUGAACAUCAUCAUAUAAAAUAACUGUUUUAAAACAUGAUUUUCUAGAGUUAGAGUAACAGUAUAAAUUAAUAACAUUUUAAUUAUUAUAAAAAUCAACACUCACUAUUAAACCUGUACCACAGAGCUUUAUUUUCACUGUUUUUUAUUUUGGAUGAACAGUUUUUUUUACUGAAUUUUAUUCUGAAACGGUCUUUUUAAAAUCUUUCAGAUCAUUGUUUUCCGACUCUGCUGAAGUCGCUCAGGUCUCAGAGGGUGAUUUUUAUCUCCUGUGGAGAGGAUCACACCGCAGCACUCACUAAGGUCAAACAUUCAGUCUUUAUUGUGACAGAGGAGGUUAUUGAAUAUUUGGUUUUAUGUCCGACUUUAUCUGAUAAGAAUAAAUUAACUGAAUAAAACGCCUCACUUUGCUUCUUUAGGUUUCAGUUUUAGUCGAGGAUAAAACCUUUUUGUUUUAUUUCUGAUUGUAAAUUUAUAUCAUGACCACAAACAACAUGCUAACAAACUGGUAUACCAACAUAUUAACGCGCUCUGCUGUCUCACAGGAAGGAGGCGUGUUUACAUUCGGGGCGGGAGGAUACGGACAGCUGGGACACAACACGACCAACCAUGAGAUCAACCCCAGGAAGGUGUUUGAGCUCAUGGGAAAUGUAGUCACACAGAUUUCAUGUGGAAGGUAAACUUUCCCGACACUGACGUCAUGAGUUUGUUUUUUUAAAGUAAUAUUAUUAAAGGGAAAAGAUUAAAUUUAGUUUCCUGUGAAUCUGAAGGCAGCACACGUUAGCCUUCACGCCGUCUUCAGGAAAGAUGGACUCGUUCGGACUCGGCGGGAACGGGCAGCUCGGCACUCGCUCCACCUGUAACAGGAAAAGCCCCGCCCCCGUCAAAGGGCCGUGGGUGUCCACGGACUCAGGAGAGACUUUAAUUAACGGUGAGUCCGAAAAAAAACAAACAGAUGUAAUUCUUUAAUGACCGUACUACAAAUGUCCCGAGAAAAGACACGAUCAGUAAAUCAUAAAAACUCGACAGAAACAGAAAAUUUAGGAGGUUUAAAAUUAAAUUUUUAGGACGGUCAUAUGAACGGUUUUAUUUUAAUUAUCGUUUCAAUUUACAAAAAAAAAAAAAAAAAAAUCUAAUCCAGCAAAAGUCUAAAAAUUAAAUCAAUAAAAACAUUUAAAACACUUAAAAAAACAAACAAAUAUUUUUUGUCCACUGUUUUUAUUUUUAAUCAGAGUUUUCUUUUAUUAAUUUUAUGGACUCCCUCUCUUUUUUAUUCAGUGUUUAAUAUCGACUGUGGUUAAUAAUUCUCUGCCUUAGUUUUUGGUCGGAUUUUUCUUUCUUAUUUUUUUAUUUGCCAGAAUUUCCUUCCUUUAUUUUUUUUUGGCCCCAUUUUAAUUUCUUCUUUUUGUUAAAGUUUUUAUUUCAUGAUUCUAGAUUCAAAAUGUAUAUAACUUUUCCUUUUUCUCAUUUAUCCACGUACAGAAAAAGACGACCUGCUGUUUUCUCAACGCACAGCAGCACAAGUGGAAAGACAGUAAAACAAAUAAAAAACAAUAAUAAACUUAUUAAAACGCUCAAAAAUAACCUCAAUAAAAACUCCAACUCUUAGUCUGAAAAACACUUUUUAAAUUUUGAUUAAAUUUUUAUAAUUGCUUUAAUUUCUUCAGAUUCUUUUUCUUUUUAACUUGUUCAGAUUUUUAUAUCUUUGAUUUUUCGUCCGGACUUUAACGUCUUUGUUUUUCUUCAGAUUCAGGUCCGCUCUGCUGUGUCAGGAGGAUUUACGCCGGAGGAGACCAAAGCUUCGCUCACUUCCGCACAAACAAUGUAAAAUAUUCUCUGUGAAAAGUUUUCUGCAUGUUUUCAGAUUUCUAACAGGAAGAUAAUGUUUAUAUAUUUGCAGCCUUUUUUUUUUUUUCUUUGUUAUCAGCUGAUUUUUAUUGAUUUUGUUGUUUUUCUCAGAAUUUUAACGGGGCAGUGAUCGUAGACCUGGACAGGAAACUCUGUCGUCUGACUGAGGAGAUCAUUCAGAGAUGGUUGGACCAUUCGCCUGGACGACUCCCUGCAGAAGUUUCCACGUAAAUCUGCCUCAUUAUUGAUCGUCUAAUACGUAUUUUUAAUAUCUGAUCAGCUUAUCGCUCUGAAGACGAUGAAAACCUGUUUUUGCUUCUUCCUCCAGUGAAAUCGACCUCGUCUUCUCAUCAGCCAGCUGCCUCAACGGCUCUUUUCUUUCAGUCAGGUGAUCAAAUAUUGAUGAAACACUUUUAUCAUGUAUUUUAGACUUUUAUUUAAAAUCAGUGUCUAACAGCCUCCUGCAGACAAACUAACUCCACUUCACCUCGGCGUGUUUCUGUCUAUGAAUACAGAUUUUAAAUGUUGUAUAAUCUGUAAUAAUCUGGACAAACUCGCUUUAACUCUCUUUUUCUAUUUGUGUUUUUUUCCUCCUCAGUAAUCUCGAUCACUUCAGCACCAGCAGUAAGUGUUCAGGUGUGGACAUGAACACGGCUCGCCUCCUGUUUCACAGGUUGAUCACACCUGACCACCCAGAGAUCAGUCAGCAGGUCAGAGGUCACGCACUAACACCCCCCCAUGUGUUAUUCAUAUUCAUUUAUUAUUAACUCUCAUUUUUCUUCUCAACUGUAAACAAACAGGAUCUCUGAUGUUUUCUAUUUGCUGUGAAAUUUUAAUUAUUAUCACAUUAAUAUAAAUUUUUUUAGUGAAAGGAUUCAAGAUUUCCUGAAUCCUCUCUCUAACGCUCGGGUUUGUUCUGUCUGUUGGUCAGAUUGCUGCCAGUCUGGAGAAGAACCUGAUUCCCAGGUUGAGUUCUUCUCCUCCAGAUGUUGAAGCUCUGAGACUCUUCGUCACGCUGCCUGAGUGUCCGCUCUUCAGAGAAAGGAACAACUACGUCACCAUCACCAUCCCCUUCGCCAAAUCGGUGAUCAGCCUCAAAGAGCCUCCUCUGAAGGUGCUCGGUACGGCGGAGGAUCCGUUUUCCAUGACGUUAGUCUCAGUUCAGUUUGUCUUCUCUGCAUGGUUUUCACUUUGUUUGUCUCUGCAGGAAACUGGUGGUCCAAACUGGAGUCCCAGUUCUUCCAGCACCUGGUGGAGAUGUAUAAGGAGGUGGUGGUUUACCUGCUGCAGAUGCAUAAAGUGGGGAUUCCUUCAGCAGAGCAGAGGAUCUUCACCUGUUUCCUCGACACGUCGCUGCGCCUGCUGGAGAUCCUGCACACCGUGAGAGGAGAUAAAAUGACAGACAAGGGCUGUCACCGUAUAUCGCAUUUAUCACUUCAUGUUUGAUGUAAAAAUCAGGAUUCAGUCUUUAAACAGAGAGGAGAGAGAAGGAACCCCAAACAAGUUCACAACCUCAAAGACCGACAAGAAACAGAGUAUAUAAUAAGAAUAAAAGCAGAAAGGAAGAUAAAUAAGAUAGGAGGAAAUUAAAACACUUAGAGAGAUAAAAACAAUAGUCUCAAAAGAAGUAGCGCAACAAAAGCAGGUUAGGACUUAGAGAAAUAAAUACAAUGAGACAAUUAAAGGAGGUAAAAUAAGUCGUUUAAUUUCUUUGAGAUCUAUAACAGCAGUGAAACAGACAGAGCAGCGAAAAGAAAGAAGAUUAAAAGAGAGGGAACAUCACACAAAACAAGAUUAGAUAGAAAUGAAAAAAGGAUAAAAGGAGUCAGAAGAAAGGAAAGAGUAAACGACAAUAUCACAGAGAGGGAAAUCUCUGAAGGUGAGUUUUUUAAAGACGUCCCUGACUCUCUUCAGACUGGUCCUUCUUAAAGGGAUAUUCCUACGUGAAAUUAAUUUAGGGUCAAACCCACCGUAAUACCGAGUCAGACCCCCCCUCCAGAGAUGAAUGUUGCCGACCGCUUGCUUCUCUAGUUAUACCAACUUUAGUAACGACCACAGGAUAGAAAUACACAGCGGUCUGAGGAGCCAUAAACAAACCUCAACCAAAACGCCACAAAUAAUGCUCAGAACAGCCGGAAUAUCCCUUUAAGUCCAGGAGCUCUGACAGUAAAAACCUGUCCGUAGUCGACUCGUAUGAAGACAGACCAGCAGGUCUCCACCUGAGGAUCUGAGGCUGUGACGUGGAUCAUAUGAUGACUUUUGUUUUUUAUAACCAUCAGGUUUUUGUGCUCCGCAGGUGAGCGAGCGGGCGGGUCACAUCAUUCAGUACGAUAAAUUCUACAUCCACGAGUUGGACGAGCUGGUGGACAUCAGGAACGACUACGUGAGCUGGGUCCAGAGGCAGAUGUACCCCAUGGUGGGUUGAUCCGUCGUUCGCUCCUUCACUCUGAUUUGAUCUAAUGGAUUAAAACAAAAGGAUUGAUCAUGUCCUCUGGAUCGAUUAUUUCUGUCUGUGUCUCAGGGUCAGGACGGCGUGUUCACUCUCUGCAGGUUUCCGUUUGUCUUUGACGCUCAGGCGAAGACGACGCUGCUGCAGACUGACGCGGUGAUCCAGAUGCAGGUAACCAAUCAGAGUGAAGGACACAGAACGGCGUCAGACUGUAUUUAUGAUUUAACGUGAUUUUGUGUCGUGAAGAUGGCGGUGGAUCAGGCUCAGAUGCAGAACUUCAGCUCCAUGUUCCUGCCGGCGGUGGAGUCGGUGAAUCCGUGUCUCAUCCUGAUCGUCCGGAGAGAAAAUAUCGUAGGAGACACGAUGGAGGUCCUCAGGAAGUCCAAGAACGUGGACUACAAGAAACCCUUAAAGGUACAACCCGCUUUAAUCCUCUAACUGUGAUGAGGCUGCAGCUGAGUGGAUCAAUAAACAGCUGAUAAAUACCUGAUCAGAUGCUGAUCACUGUGGAUUGAAGUCUCCUAAUCUGUAAUCUGAUCCUCCCAGGUGAUUUUUGUGGGGGAGGAGGCCGUGGAUGCAGGCGGGGUGAGGAAAGAGUUCUUCCUGUUGAUCAUGAAGGAGCUCCUGGACCCCAAGUACGGGAUGUUUCGUUACCAUGACGACUCGAGGCUCAUCUGGUUCUCUAACAAGGUGAUCACCAAUAAUCCGUGCCGCUUCAUCAAAGUGUAAAAACGACAUAAUCUGCAACUGAUAAUCGAGAUUAAAACACUCAAAUCUGGGUUUUAAUAUGAAUGACUGCUGGGAUUAUCACAGAUUAACAUGGAUUACCGUGCUCUAUACCAUCAGUGAUACAACAUUUAAAUGCUGACUCAGAUUAUCACAGAUUAACAUGGAUUAUCAUGCUGCUAAUUAGUAUAAUGAAAGAUGUUAAACAUAAUUUUAGACAAAGUAACAGAUAAUUUCACAGUGAGCUCUCAGUUUUUCUGUUAUACAGCAAUAAUUAAUGCAGAUUAUUUCAGAUUACCACCAAUUUCCAUGCAGUAAAUUUCAAUAUUUCUCUUUAUUUAGGAAUAUUUACCACAGAUUACAACAGAUUAACACAGAUUAACAUGCUGUAUUUAUCCAGUGAAUCUGUUUUGAAUUAUAAAUAACAGAUUAUUACAGAUUAACACAGAUUACAAUGAUGUUUGUUUUUAAUAUUCUUGUCUAAUAUUGAUUGUAAUUAUAAUUAUAAUUAUUAUUGAUCACAUGUUGUGUUUCCUGUCACAUGACCCUUCCUCCAGACGUUUGAAGACAUCGACCUGUUUAAUCUGAUCGGGGUAAUCUGCGGUCUGGCCAUCUAUAAUCUGACUAUCGUGGAGCUGAACUUCCCUGUGGCUCUUUACAAAAAGCUGCUGAAGAAGAAACCCAACAUGGAUGACCUGAAGGAGCUGAUGCCCGACGUAGGGAGGUCAGAGGUCACUCACCUGUUCAGGAGUGUUUUUAAACUGCAGAUUAAAGUUGGAUUAAAACAGAUUAAAUGAACAAACAGAGUUGAUUAAAUAUGAGUCUGUGUGGAUUCAAACAGGAGUCUGCAGCAGCUGCUGGACUACACCGAGGACGACCUGGAGGACACUUUCUGUCUGAACUUCACGGUAAGAAGAUCCUGAAACCUCCAAACUGCUCCAGAUUAAAACUGAGAGUCACUUUACUGAACUCUGAUCCGUGUUCGUCAGAUUACAGAGGAAAACUACGGGGCCACAGAGGUGCUGGAGCUCGUUCCAAACGGCGACAACAUCAACGUCAACAAAUCCAACAGGUAAGAUCCCAACAGGUAAAUAAGUAAAUGUUUAUAGAAACUUUAGGGAAAUAUUUUCUUUGCAGCAGAAAGUCUGUUUAGAAACGUUGCUGACUGUGUCUUUAUUUCAAAUCCUCACAGAGAUGGUGUUUGUUUUUCUGUUUUCUGAUGUUUUUGUUGUGGCAGCUCAUUUACACCUGAUAAAAAAACUAAAAAUUCUUCGACCAUUUAAUCUGAUUUUUAUAACUUUUUAUUAUCUCUAAACAGUAACCUGUAAUUCUUCCUUUUUUAAUCUCAUUGAAUCAUCUUCGUCUCUUUCGUCUCUGACUCCUGAUCUUUGAUUUUGACGUCUUUUUCCUACAGGCAGGAUUUUGUGAACGCGUACGUCGAUUACGUCUUCAACGCGUCGAUCGCUCCGCUCUUUGAAUGUUUCUACGCCGGCUUUCAUAAAGUGUGUGGAGGGAAAGUUCUGGAUCUUUUCCAGCCCAACGAACUUCAGGCCAUGGUGAUCGGAAACACCAACUACGACUGGACGGAGCUGCAGAAGGUCAGGUUUUAUAGAGCCUCAGUUAUUCUGAUGGUCAGACUCUGUAAUCCAGAAUAAAGUUUAAAUUUAAUCUGAUUAAACUCAUGUGUGUCUGUCCACAGAGCACCGAGUAUAAAGGAGAGUACUGGGCCGAUCAUCACACCAUCAAACUCUUCUGGGAGGUUUUUCAUCAGCUUCCUUUAGAGAAGAAGAAACAGUUUCUGCGUAAGAGCCUCAUUUACACGUUUCAGCCUUUAUUUCACUGGAUUUAUAUCCACAGACUGUUAACGUUUGACAUUUAUCUGAGGGACGUGGUGUGUGUCUGCUGUCUCAGUGUUCCUCACAGGAUCGGACCGGAUCCCCAUCCUGGGUAUGAAGAGUCUGAAGCUGGUGAUUCAGCCCACGGGGGGAGGGGAACACUACUUACCUGUCGCUCACACCUGCUUCAACCUGCUCGACCUGCCCAAGUACACGAGCGCCGAAACUCUGAGAGAGAAACUCUUACAGGCUAUCGAUCACAAUCAGGGCUUCAACCUGGCCUGAGAACUUUACUGUUAGAAGAAACACUCCAGGGACUCAGACCGGGACAGAACCCGGUCUGUGUCCGGACGAGGAAGACGAGGACGAGGACGAGGAGGAGGGUCCAGACGAUCAGAGUGGUGAUGGGUUUAAAGCUUGUUGAUGCCAUGUCAGUAUUUCAGAUGCUACUAGAACCAAUCCACAGAGAGGACAGGUGUGAUCUGCUGUUCUUCAUCAGGUGAAACUUUGUUGAUGAUGAUGAUGAUGGUGAUAAAGGUGAAAAGCAGUCUGAAAAUGGUGACAUGAACACCUGUAAACAGAGUCACCUGCAGCUCUGUUACUCCACUGAAGCUGAAGAUGAGACGGUGAAAAAGGUUAUUUAUAAAACCUUAGUCAUAAUCAAUCUGUAAAUGUUGAUUAAAUAAGUUAGAAAUAUUAAAAUAAGGUGAAGACACAGAGUGGAGGUGAGUGGACUGACCCGAACGUCUCAUUUUCAGCCUCAGCUCAUGCUCAGUUCCUGCAGGUGUCUUCAUGUUUUAUAGGAGUUUGUAACGUUUUCAUCCUGUGGGUUUUUAUUUCUGUUUGACUUUAAACUGAGAGCUGUGUGAAACCUUUCAUUCCUCAGCUGUAAGCCUUAAAUAUAACAAUAAAACCGAGAGAGAGAGAGAGAGAGCAGAUGCUGAAAUAAAGAGUUACUGUGGGGAUGAAA